CCGCCCUUGACGUCGGCCUGGGUUUUCCAGGUGAGAUCCCAAGAUCCCAGCUGGAAUCCCACGAUGGCGUCGCCGGCCCUCAGCCCCGAUUCCUCUUCCCAUGAAGGCCUCUCCUCCAUCCACUCGGCUCCCGCCUGUUCCCCCACGUCCGACUCGGAGAACCUCAGCCCCGAUGAGCUGGAGCUGUUGGCAAAGCUGGAGGAGCAGAACCGGCUCCUGGAGGCCGACUCCAAAUCCCUGCGCUCCAUGAACGGCUCCCGCCGGAACAGCGGCUCCUCACUGGUCUCCAGCUCCUCGGCCUCCUCCAACCUGAGCCACCUGGAAGAGGACACCUGGAUCCUAUGGGGCCGCAUCGUCAACGAAUGGGACGAGUGGCGGAGGAAGAAGGAGAAGCUGCUGAAGGAGCUCAUCCGGAAAGGGAUCCCCCAUCACUUCCGAGCCAUCGUCUGGCAGCUGCUGUGCAGCGCCACCGAGAUGCCGGUCAAGCACCAGUACUCGGAGCUGCUCAAGAGGUCCUCGCCGUGCGAGAGGCUCAUCCGUCGCGACAUCGCCCGCACCUACCCCGAGCACGACUUCUUCAAGGGCCAGGAUAGCCUGGGCCAGGAGGUGCUCUUCAACGUCAUGAAGGCCUAUUCCCUGGUGGACCGCGAGGUUGGCUACUGCCAGGGCAGCGCCUUCAUCGUGGGACUGCUGCUCAUGCAGAUGCCCGAGGAAGAGGCCUUCUGCGUGUUCGUGCGGCUCAUGCAGGAGUACCGCCUGCGGGAGCUCUUCAAGCCCAGCAUGGCCCAGCUGGGGCUCUGCAUCUUCCAGUUCGAGUCCUUGCUGCAGGAGCAGCUGCCGGAUCUCAACAGCCACUUCCGCUCCCAGAGCUUCCUCACCUCCAUGUACGCCUCCUCCUGGUUCCUCACCCUCUUCCUCACCACCUUCCCCCUGCCCGUGGCCACGCGCGUCUUCGACAUCUUCAUGGACGAG